GCGCUGCGCGGUUUGCAGAGCCGCUGGAGAGAGGCGUGCGGGCUACAUCAUCUCCGUGUACCCCCCUACUCGUGGGCGUGGGACGUGGGUGAAAAACGGGCUCCCUUCCUCCCGCGGGGCUCCGAGCCGCGGCCGCUGUCCCGCGCGCUUGCCGAGCGGCUGCCAGCCGGGGGCCGCUUGGAGGUUCGCUUGCGGCGUCAUGGCUCAGAGGGCCUUUCCGAAUCCUUAUGCCGAUUAUAACAAGUCGCUGGCCGAAAACUACUUUGAUUCUACUGGGAGGCUGACUCCUGAGUUCUCGCAUCGCUUGACCAAUAAGAUCCGGGAGCUCCUUCAGCAAAUGGAGAGAGGCCUAAAGUCUGCAGACCCUCGGGACGGCACUGGGUACACCGGCUGGGCAGGCAUUGCGGUGCUUUACCUACAUCUCCACAAUGUGUUUGGGGACCCGGCCUAUCUGCAGAUGGCGCACAGCUACGUAAAGCAAAGCCUAAACUGUUUGAGCAGGCGUUCCAUCACCUUCCUGUGUGGCGAUGCGGGCCCCCUGGCUGUGGCUGCUGUGCUGUACCACAAGAUGAACAGUGAGAAGCAAGCAGAGGAUUGCAUCACACGGCUCAUUCACCUAAAUAAGAUUGAUCCCCACGUACCAAAUGAAAUGCUCUAUGGCCGCAUAGGCUACAUCUUUGCUCUGCUUUUUGUCAAUAAGAACUUUGGAGAGGAGAAGAUUCCUCAGAGCCAUAUUCAGCAGGUUUGUGAAACCAUCUUAACCUCUGGGGAAAAACUAUCUAGAAAGAGAAACUUGGCGGCGAAGUCUCCACUGAUGUAUGAGUGGUACCAGGAGUAUUACGUGGGGGCUGCUCAUGGCCUGGCGGGCAUUUAUUACUACCUGAUGCAGCCCGUCCUUCACGUGAACCAAGGAAAGCUACAUAGUUUGGUGAAGCCCAGUGUAGACUUUGUCUGCCGGCUGAAGUUUCCUUCCGGCAAUUACCCUCCAUGUUUGGAUGAUACCAGAGACCUGCUUGUCCACUGGUGCCAUGGUGCUCCUGGGGUCAUCUAUAUGCUCAUCCAAGCAUACAAGGUGUUCAAAGAGGAGCGUUACCUGUGUGACGCCCAACAGUGUGCUGACGUGAUCUGGCAGUACGGCCUUCUGAAGAAGGGCUAUGGGCUGUGCCAUGGAGCUGCAGGGAAUGCUUAUGCCUUCCUGGCACUCUAUAACCUCACACAAGAUCUGAAGUACUUGUACAGGGCCUGUAAGUUUGCUGAGUGGUGCUUAGACUACGGGGAGCACGGAUGCAGGACCCCGGACACCCCCUUCUCCCUCUUUGAAGGCAUGGCUGGAACGAUAUAUUUCCUGGCUGACUUGUUAGUCCCCACAAAGGCCAAGUUCCCUGCAUUUGAACUCUGAAAAGAAAGCAUGUCUCCUGCCGCUCGCAGCAUGACUGUGUGUUACUCUGGGCUACACAUUUCCCUUGCUUCUGAAGGAAGCAGAAUGAAACUCUGUACUUUGACGUAAUCGGGUUUUUAUUCCAUAGUUUGUCUUUAGCAGUUCAGCGCCUUCUUUUAUUAUUUACUUUUAUUUAAAAGUGUACAUGAAGCCGUCUUAAUAUUCUUCCAAAGGGAAAGAUGGAUGACAGAACAGUUUUUUGUGGUCAUUUACAUGGUUUCCAGAUGUGCAGGAAAUGUUCCUCUUACAGCUUAUCAAUGUAAGCCAUGCCUAGUAGCAUGUUUUCCCAUCUACUGGAGGGAGAGCAUCAGGAGGAUCAUAAGUUCGAGACCAACCUAGGCAACUUAGUGAGACCUGUUUCAAAGUAACAUGUAGCUGAGUGGUAGAACACUUUCCUAGCAUGCGGAAGAGCCUGGGUUCUGCACCAACGCUCAGUGCAGGCAGGCAGGUCACAUGUAGAUGGCUGCUGCCGAGUACUGGCUUCCAUCUCUUCCGCUGAGUAUUCCUCCGCACAGAGAGCAGCUCUGUGACUGGGUUUCCUCACGUGGUUGAUCAAAGGGAACAAAAAAAUGUAGCCCGUGCUUCUGGAAGAAAAACUGCAAGAGUUAUAAACCAGACUUUAGGCCUAAAUGUCAUUUUUUAAAUUCCUGGUUUCUGUCUAAACCAGAAAUUCCACUUAAUGAGCCACACAGCAUUAUCAAAACUUAAAAUGGCUGUGAUGCACAUUCUGAUCUGAAAGUUUAUUCACCAAUAACAGUUUCUUGGUUUGUGUUAUAUCUCAGAAGUGUUUAUUUUUAAAAGUUGUUUGUCCUUCAAUAUUCAUAUGAGAUCUAGAAGUAGAUUUUCUGUGUGAAUUUGCUGAGACAGAAUUCCAGCCUGACCUUUGGCUGACCUUCCAACGUUUGGCUCAAAUUUGACUUGCUUUUCUUUUCGCUGACUGUGCCUGAGUGAAUGCCACAUGUCAUCACUUUCUGUCAAUUGAUUUGAGCAUUGAUCUCUUGAUUAGAUAGUACAAAAUGUAAUUGUGCAUACAGAGAUUGUGGAAAGGGAGCUGCUCUAACGAGUAGCUUGUAAGAGAACGCAACUUUUGACAAGCACUCUUACUCCUGGCCGGCAUGGACUGUUACAGCCUUCCUGCAGUAACGAGCAGUUUGUGUAUCCAAGAGCAGUUGUCCGUCAGGUUCUGACACCACGGAGUCAGUUUUAUUUGUAUGUGUAGGCUCCCUGGUGCUUCAAACUCUGAACAAAUACCUAUUGGCUCUUUAACUCCUCCCUCCUUUCCUCUAGAUCAAAGGACUGUUUAAACUCGUUGGAACUGACUUGGUAACUUUUUUUUCCAACUUUAAAACAACAGGGUCUAAGAAUAUUCAAUGUGCUACUUUGUGGCUCUGUUGGUCAUGCUAUUUUUAUUGGAGAUUAAAUCCCCAUGGAGUGUAUCCUGGUUGCUAUGAUGAAUAAUCCCAUUAUUUUCUAUUUGAUACCAAAAUAGCUAAUUGUAUGUGAAAUUUCUGGCCCUUUAAAAGCUGCCUACAGUAGGAUCCAAAGAGCAGCCCAGCGCUCAAUUUCUAGGAUUGAAUUGAUCCUUCUGUGAUCCCUGUGCAUCAGGGACUUGUGCAUCUCCAUCCUCAGUUGUGUGUAGACUGUGCCUGGUGCAGGCCGUGUAUCAGUUGUAUCAGUAUUUCUAAGUCACUCGUAGACAGCAUUCUUUGGCCGGGUAUCCAGCUUUGUUUAGUUAAGUGGCUUGUUAUAUUCUGCCUGUACUUCACUACAGCUACUUAUUAAAGAAGAGGAGGAAGUGUUUUGGUCAGCCAUGAGGCUUGGCCACAGUGCUUCCCCGGGCAUCCUGAUGAAUGUCGCCUCCUGUCUACUGUCACUAGUGAACAGGCUCAUCGACACCAUUCAGCUUGCUCUCUUCACUGUAGCGUUUUUGAAACUCAUUACACUGGCAGUGUUUAUACCACUGUUGACUUAUGUUUAAGAGCUAGGAGAGUUCUCUAAGGAUUUUAAACUCAGGUAGAAUACAAGGCUGACACCAGCACCUCUCCUCGGGUAGAGGCUGCAAGAACCGUUUCCACUCAGGUGUUGUGCGGGCAUGGUGGUGGUGGUUUUGCUCUUUGGUAUUUUUCCCUGGGAGGUUUUUCUCUUGGUUUCAAAACCUUCCAGUGGCUGCUGGAAAACUCAGUGGUGUUGUUCAUCUCCAUGUGGAGACUGGGUGGUAAGAUGGUCAGAGCCUGCCAGGCAGUCUUUUUAUUCCCUUGUGCUUUUCUGCCCUAAACUUUAAUCACGUAAAAUGUCAGCAUUGCCAUGGCCGUCUCCAUAGAUCCCACUGGGAGUUCAUUUCAUCCCAGCUGUCAGUUUCCAUCCUUAGAGUCCCCUAUUGUCAUCCUGUCCCGCCCAUAUCAGGGCAGAAGCCCCCACCCAUGUAGGUAGAGUAGAUAGAAGAGGAUCUACAAGUAUUUUUCCUCCUUCCCUGUUUUUCUAAGUAACAGAAUUGCAGCCCUCCACUCCUGUGUCCUCAGGUUAAUUUGUAUCUAGCUUAUUUUAAGGGCCUAAUUUUGAAAUAAAUAGUGUAAGUGGGAACUUAUCUCUGUCCUCCUUAGGCUCUGAGAACUCAGGUGUAGUCCCUGCUUACUUGACCUUAACUCCAGUUCCUUGUUUGCUUUCCCAAAACAGGUCAGAGCAGGUUUCUGAGGGCUCCAUUCUGCUGGGCUGUAGGAAAACUGUAUACAUCUGGUGAGCAGGAGUCAGUGUGGGGGACAUUGAGGAAUCACCUCAAGGUUCAUUGCCACUAAACUGGGAAAGGCUGGUUUCAUAUCUGUAUGUUAUGGGAGGAAUUGAACUCACUGGUCUUCAAUAAAAUGUUACUAGGCCUGAGUAUCA